CUUCUGCAGUGUAAAUGUGUUGUACUUUAGGAGGACAAUCUUUCUCUGGCUCCCUGUGUCUGUCAAACACACAGUUAGAAUACAUGUUUGUACUGUUGGGGUCCAGAACCAGAAUAAACACUUAUUGCAGAGAAUGUAUGAAUAUCCUUGCUCUUAUUGUCACAGGAUGUGGGCUGACCUGAAAACGUGUCAUCUCUGUUGUAUUGUGCAGGUGCAAAUGAAACUGGGAGAUAGCGAAGCCGUUUCUCUCCCACGCAGACAACUGGUUUGCUCUGCCAGAGACCGUUGCUGCUGCUAUGUCUGUGCAGCCGUGUGCUCCACUGCACACCCUCGGUCACACAUGCUUUGUGUGUGUGUGUCUGUGUGUGUGUUUAUGUGGGUGACCCUUACAUCCACAGCCUCGCUGGUAAAUGCCGCUGGAAACUGAGGAUGCGUGGAAACCGGAGCGGUGAUGUGGUGGCAUUGCCAGCCGUCUCUCCAGAUGUGCUGGUCGAACAGAUGUGUCAGGAUCUGGACUGCGGCAGCGUCUAUCAUGUGAAUAGAACCAGCUCCCCUCCCAAUGCCCGCUGCUUUCACGACUGCUUGUACCGAGAUGGUCGCUUGCAGAACUGUUCACAGAGUGUGGGAGGGAACUGCACUGUGAUUGCCGAAGCAAUUUGUGGCCACCAGGCUGUGCGGCUGGCAGGAGGGCCAGACCGCUGCGCCGGGCGGGUGGAGCUGUGGAGAGACGGGAGGUGGGGCACCGUGUGCGACGACCAGUGGGACCUGCGGGACGCCGACGUGGUGUGCGCCCAGCUCGGCUGCGGCUACGCCCUCAGUGUGACGGGACAGGGCGGCUCCUUCCCCCCGGGCAGGGGACCGGUCCACCUGGACGAGCUGAACUGUACCGGCAGAGAGGAGAACCUGUGGGCCUGUCCGGCCGCACAGGACGAGCCCGACUGCGGACACAAAGAAGACGCUGGGGUCGUAUGCUCAGAGAUGAGAGCGGUCCGACUGACUGGGGGUCUGGACCGAUGCUCUGGUAAAGUGGAGGUCCACCGCAAUGGCCGCUGGGGCACCGUGUGUGAUAACUGCUGGAACAAGAACAUGGCCUCCGUGGUGUGCUCCAUGCUGCGGUGCGGUGCCGAGCCGCAGAAGUACUCUCAGUUUCUUCCUCCUCUCGCCCUCAACGACGGGCCGUUGUGGUUCUAUCUAUGCGAUCGAAACGUGCAGACUCUGUGGCAGUGCAUGGAGUUCGUCAACCAAACGCACCUGUGCAUGUCCUCAAAGGCAUCCGGGGUCAUCUGUAAUGGUUCCCUCGGGUUUCCGGCAGCCACCACCACCACCACCACCACCACAAAUGCAACUGUAUUGACCAGUUGGACGACUGGAGCCACCUCAGUCGUUCGUGCUGAAGACUCCCACUUCCCGUCUCCAGAGCUCCUCAGCACCAUCACUCUGGCUCUCCUCCUGCUCGUGGUUCUCAUCAUAAACUCGGUGCUCUGCUGCCAUUACAGAAGACGGCACGCGUUCUGGCUCCAGCACACUCGCUCCAGCCCACGACCGAUCUCCGAACAUCAUCACAACAGCUACCAAGGCGCCGUCGACCUCGUCAAUGUCACUCCCCAACCACUGCAGACAGAAGUCCUCUCCAAUCCCAGGCAUUUUUGGACCCAGCUAAGUAGCGUUGACAGCACGUCAGUAGAUACAGACUAUGAGCAGUAUGAGACAAGCAAUGAGCCGCCGGCCCCUUUAUCAACCUUUCGGAAUUCUCAGAGGUACAGAGCAGACGUGAACCCUUUGAUGAGGCCUUCAGGUCUCAAGAGCCUCUGUGAGGAACCUCCUGAAGCCACAGAGGAAGUGAUGGGAGUAUUUACAAGCUACAACGGCGGCCCCGCGGCGGCCCACUGUGCCCGAGUGUCAAAGAUCUCAGUGGACUCAUUCGAUACCUCCAGCACCUCCUCCGGGGAACGCUCCGACAACACAAACGACGGCUACGUCCUGGUCACCGCAGAUCCAGGACCGACCCAGUCUUCUGUCGCCAGCGACGCCCGUGACCCCUCAAAGCUCGUCUACGGCGAAGGUCAACUGAACAAGCAAGCGACCGACCUGCAGAAUUCAGGUGACGAAGAUGACGGUCCCAUCUACUCCAACGUGAGCCACGACCAAGACUCUCCACCCGAGGACGACUACGAUGACAUCGACACCCCGCAGUAACCAGGGGGACGUAUCUCAGAGACUAGAGAGUGGCACAGGAAGGAAGCAUGCACUGUCACACCACGCUCCUGUUGGGAGGGAGGAAACCCAAUGAGCAUCCAUUUAGUGGUUUACAGAAUAGAAUAAGUCUGUGCAUUUAGGUUAGAAAUCUACAAAACUAGAAAUGGGUUACAUUUUGGUUGAAACGUGUAAGUCUAGGUUAAAUGUAACCGGCAACAUUAACUCAAUGAGUACACUUUAUUGUGUGGAGCAGUCAACAUUGAACUGCUGUUGAUAAGUUAAACGUUUUUCAUGACUGAUGACUUUUUUUUUUGCCAGUCACAAGCACAAACUGUUUUGAAAGUCCUCACAUGGUGCAUUCAAUGAUGCUCAGACAUCAUUAAAGAUGCCACUGACAGUUGGCUACGGAGGGCAUUUUUGUCCUACAUCUAACCCUGGAGUAAGAAAACGACGAGCACAUAUGAUCGGGGUUCUGGUUCAGGGCUCUGCAGGCCGGUCAUACUGGGAAACCUUCGUCUUGAUCGACCUCCCAUUUGUGCACAGGAGCACUCUCAUGUCGAAACAGGGAAAGGCUUCUUUAAACUGGUCACUAUUGCCUAAAUAUUAUAAAUGUUUGCAUAAAAGGCCCCAGACCAAAUGCACACAAAAGUACAUGUCCUUAUACUGUUGGCCAUACAGUGUGUUUGCGACACAUCGUCACAAGGUGGCACUAUGAGCUUGUAAGUAACUAGAGAAGAAAUGUCUGACUGGAGUGGAGCCUUUCAUAUAAACUACAAACAAACUUAUGCCAUCACAUAUUUGCCCAAUAAAUGUUAUCCAGGCCAUAAGACUUUUAUCCAAAUGCAUAUUUGUGCUAAGCGAGGGUCAAAAACAACGCUCCGUGAAAAGGCUUCUUUAGGGGAACUCUGGAUCCUGAUCGGGGGCCAACAUAAACCAGCAGUGCGGUUCGAAACCAGACCUGGCAACACUCUUCUCGGUCCAUUACGUCUGCAGCAGCUGCAGAGCAUCAGCGCUUCCCCCUGAUCCAAAGGGAUGCCUUGAAUCAAAGUGAUGUCUUGUUUUGUCCAAGCAAAUAAAGACAAACUGCGCCUCGAAA